GGUUAUACCACCAAGAUGAGAUUAGAAAAAUUAGCAAAAUUAGCAUUCAGGUUUCCAAAUAACGUGCAACCAUUAGAGAGACGCUUAGAAUCCGGUUUACUCGACGGUCGUAAGCGUCAAAGUGGCUAUAACGUAUCCUUUUCAGAGCGCCAUACUAGAAGGAGUUGGUAUCCUAAUAUUCAAAACAAGCGUCUCUUCUCAGAUUCAUUGCAAGAUUUCGUUAAAAUGAAAGUUUCAACAAAGGCACUACGUUCAAUUGAUAGAAUGGGCGGAUUAGACAACUAUCUUAUGAAGUCAAGCGACGAUAAACUCGGUCUCUAUGGGAGAGCACUACGGAGGUCAGUUAUAGACAAGAGACUCGAAAA